AUGGUGAUAGACACCCUCUUUGAUUCCACAAGUCUUUUGAGAUUGUACUUUUCUCCUCCAUCCAUCCUUGUGAUGGUCGUGGGUGGAGGAGUAGACCAUUCUUCUUCUAGCCCAUAUCUGACCUCCAAGAACACUGAUCUAUAUAUUCUUGGUGAUUUUCUGGAUCUUCUGUACAUUGUUGGCUGUUGUUGCAUUCCCGUGGCUAAAAAUGAUCUUUGUGGAACAAUAUCGGUCGAUGGCCCUUUUGGUAGUUUUUCUAUGGAAAGUUAUUCUAUCGGAGACAAGUCAAUAUUAAAAGAUGCUGGGGUUCAUGACAUGAAGGACAUUGAAGCUUUGGCUUCACCUCCAGAGGUUAAAGAUAGUAUUCAGACGCAGAAAUACAAGGGAGAUGUUAGUUACUUCAUUUGCACGAGGCCUGGGAGAGGUCCGGUAUUGCUAACUGAUGAAGCUCAAGCACUUCUCAAUGCUGAAACUGGAUUGCCAAAGUAA